AUGCUGAAAACAGAUGCGCCUCUGUCGGCGACGAAACGUCGUUACGCGGCGACGGUGGAGAAGGGCGAGAAUGCAUGGCGUCGCGAGUGGUCAAGCUUCAUGUCGGGCGUCAACAUGAAGGAGAUACGCAAGGGUGGAGGUGUCGUUCUCCCAAAGUCGGCGGACUUAGAGGUGGCUGAGUCGAGCAGUCGUGGAGAUGGGUGUAGUUUCUCGUACCUGUUUGCAUCCCCCGCCGAGAAGAAGGCGACGCGACUUGCAAAGCAGCGUGCGGAGGAUGAAAAGCGAAAAGAGCGUGCACUACAAAAGGCGAAGCACUCCGAUGAUCCACUGGCACACUUAAGCAAACACGAGCGAACCUUGCUGGAGGCGAGGAAGCGUGGCCUGAAGGUGGAGGGAAUGACACGAAAGGAGGUGCGGCAGUUCCUGCACUUAACCAUUUCUAAGGAACAACAGGAAGCGGAGCGGCACCAAGAGGAGUUUCGGCCGCAUGAACUCAUGGACGAGAAGCUGCAGUGGUACCAGCAGGGCCCACACCCCAUAGACCUUAUUGCGGAGAAACUUGUUGUCAGGAAGGCGUCGAAGAAGGCGAAACAACUUGGACUUCGUUACAACUACUUGAUGCCGCAUGCAUCAUGGUUGGCGAAGAGGGAACAGCGGCGACGUGAGCGCCUCUUGGUGGGGCUGGGUCAACACUACAUGUUUGAUGAGGAGGGGCGUAUGAUGGAUAUGUUUGGGAACUAUGUUGACAAGGCUUCUUCCACUGGAAUGCCGCCCGACAGCAACGACAAGGAGACCGCUUUGGCGAAGAACACGUCGGAGGCACAGCAUUAUCCACUGAGGGAGCCAGACAGAAUUGUCUCCGCUGUUAUGUCAGCGCCAAUCAUGUGCCCUGACGCCUUGGUGGACCCUCGGAAGGCUUGCAAUUCCUACGUGCGCGCUGUGGUGCGGGACCGCAAGGUGGCGGAUGCCAUCAGGAGUGCGAAUAUCACCACGUCGUAUAUUAGCAGUUCACUAGUGAUGGGGCCAAGCAUCGGUUUGGAUGAUGAAGAAGAGAAUCCUGUUGUCGCACAGAAGCAUGUGAAACCGACAGUACCCAGUCGAGUAAAGGUGCGGGAGACGCGAUCCAAGGCGGCCUCCUUUGAGCCAUAG